UCCAGGACAGAAUCCCACGAGCCUCCGGGAUUCUUCUGUCCUCUUCUUUCCAUUCCAUCACAGAAGCUGGGAUCGCAGACUCACACCAUAGCACCAGGCUUUAUAUUGGUCCUGCUGAUCCAAACUCAAGUUCUCUUGUGUUGGUGGCAAGUGUCUUACCCACUGAAGUGUCCUCUCAGGACAGAGUGGUGAAUUUACUUCACAGGCUGGUUUGAAUGGGAAUGCCUCCCCGCCCCCAUAAUCUUGGAGCUUCCCACCUUAAAAAGUAUGAUUAGAAUUCAAAACGAAUCCGACGUUGUAUGAUGCCUAAGAAUGGACUUGAUCCCCAGUGUUAGUUCUAAGUCAGUAGCUAUAUACACGGAAGCAGAGGUUUAAAACCAGGAGUCUGUUAAAGUUCCCACUAGAUUGGCACCUAUAAUGGAACAUCUAGUGCUGGGACAGAAAUGAAACUAAGAAUGCCGCUGCUGGGAACUUAGGGCAAGCAGGUGGUCAGGGACAGUUGAACUGUGUAAACCUUGGGUGUGUGACUUUGAUCGAGGCCUACAGCUUGGCCUUUCACACCCAGAUUCACAAGGGCCUUUUGAACCUUAGCACUCAAAAUACUGAACCCCAAAAUAUGCAGAGUACAGCUGGUUAUAGAGAAGUCCUGUCCUAUGAAGGGCCCCAAGUGGUCUGUGGGGAGCUCCAGGAUCACUCCUACUUAGUGAAACUGGUUCCAGGUAGAGCACAGCCGGCUCUGGUCCUCUUUGUGAAGGGCCAUGUUUUCUCUGGAAACAUGGGAGCCACCAACCAGAAGACAGAGAGGAAAGAAAUUGGGGGUAGAGGAGGAGCGGAAGUCGAAGUGAGAGAAAAGAGCUAGGUGGUGACUCACAGUAGCUGUGACCAGGGGACACUGGAAGCCACAAGAACAUCUGCGUACCCAUGGGUAACCCAGGGCUGCCUUGAUUAGGUCUUAAGACUUAAGUGAGACAUCAGAUGACCCCAGGGGCUGCUGUGUUCUCUACCACUGAGGCCCCAUGAGCCUCAGUCUCUUCUGUAGGCAAAUUGGGCCACAUGAUAUCAGUAUCGUCAGAUAAAGACUUCUUGCUUUGAAAGUCUUGGAGGCCAACCAAAGAAUAGCCUGGGGAGGGGGAAUCUCUAAACACAGAGGGACUUUUGUGACAGGCCUGGGCACCCGACUCACAGCCAGGGCAGGGCCCAUGAUAAACUCCUGACUCCUGACUCUGGGAGCAGAGGAUGAGAUGAUUUCAAAGCACUGGGCCACACUAGCCAAGGACACACACCCUUUAUGCUGACUUUCGACUGCCAGCUCCAAUCAAGAGCAAUUAAAAGUCGAAAGGAGGCGCAGCUGUUCUAGUUUUAUAGGCGGCGAAACUGAAGCAAGAGGAGAGGUAUUUUGUCCCAGAUUUGCCAAGGUAGGCGAGCCAGAGAGUCAACCAUAGGACCAUAGGAGCCCGUGCAGUUGUGGGAGGAGUGACUCCUACCCAGAAGUGGACUUGGAGGAGGGUCCGUUAGACCAUCAGAAUGGAAGCCCGACAAGCAAGUCAGCUGACUCAGGAACCAGAGUGAGGGCCACGCACUCUCCGCCCCAGCCUGCACCAUGAACUUGCCUUCCCCUUCUGCUUGUUGAGAGCCAAGGGAAUGGUACAUUACUAGAGAGAGAUGGCUUUCUUUUCUCCCUGGAAGUUGUCCUCUCAGAAGCUGGGCUUUUUCUUGGUGACUUUUGGCUUCAUAUGGGGGAUGAUGCUUCUACACUUCACCAUCCAGCAGCGAACUCAGCCUGAGAGCAGCUCCAUGUUGCGGGAGCAAAUCCUUGACCUCAGCAAAAGGUACAUUAAGGCACUGGCAGAAGAGAACAGGAACGUGGUGGAUGGCCCGUAUGCCGGUGUCAUGACAGCCUAUGAUCUGAAGAAAACGCUCGCCGUGCUGCUGGAUAACAUCUUGCAGCGCAUCGGCAAGCUGGAGUCCAAGGUGGACAAUCUUGUCAACGGCACAGGAGCGAAUUCUACCAACUCCACCACGGCUGUCCCCAGCUUGGUGUCACUGGAGAAAAUUAAUGUGGCAGAUAUCAUUAAUGGAGUUCAAGAAAAAUGUGUAUUGCCUCCUAUGGAUGGCUACCCCCACUGCGAGGGGAAAAUCAAGUGGAUGAAAGACAUGUGGCGGUCAGACCCCUGCUACGCAGACUAUGGAGUGGACGGGACCUCCUGCUCCUUUUUUAUUUACCUCAGUGAGGUUGAAAAUUGGUGUCCUCGUUUACCUUGGAGAGCAAAAAAUCCCUAUGAAGAAGCUGACCAUAACUCAUUGGCAGAAAUCCGCACGGAUUUUAACAUUCUCUACGGCAUGAUGAAGAAGCAUGAGGAGUUCCGGUGGAUGAGACUUCGGAUCCGGCGAAUGGCUGAUGCAUGGAUCCAAGCAAUCAAGUCUCUGGCAGAGAAACAAAACCUAGAGAAGAGGAAACGGAAGAAAAUCCUUGUUCACCUGGGGCUCCUGACCAAGGAAUCAGGCUUCAAGAUUGCAGAGACAGCAUUCAGCGGCGGCCCUCUCGGCGAGCUCGUUCAGUGGAGUGACUUAAUCACAUCUCUGUACCUGCUGGGCCAUGACAUCCGCAUCUCAGCCUCGCUGGCUGAGCUCAAGGAGAUUAUGAAGAAGGUUGUUGGAAACCGGUCUGGCUGUCCAACUGUAGGAGACAGAAUCGUUGAGCUUAUUUAUAUCGAUAUUGUGGGACUUGCUCAAUUCAAGAAAACGCUAGGACCAUCCUGGGUUCAUUACCAGUGCAUGCUCCGGGUGCUGGACUCCUUUGGAACAGAACCUGAGUUCAAUCACGCAAGUUACGCCCAGUCGAAAGGCCACAAGACCCCCUGGGGAAAGUGGAAUCUGAACCCGCAACAGUUUUACACCAUGUUCCCUCAUACCCCAGACAACAGCUUUCUGGGCUUCGUGGUCGAGCAGCACCUGAACUCCAGCGACAUCCACCACAUUAACGAGAUCAAAAGGCAGAACCAGUCCCUUGUGUAUGGCAAAGUGGAUAGUUUCUGGAAGAAUAAGAAGAUCUACUUGGACAUCAUUCACACGUACAUGGAAGUGCACGCCACUGUUUACGGCUCCAGUACCAAGAACAUCCCCAGUUACGUGAAAAACCAUGGCAUUCUCAGCGGCCGUGACCUACAGUUUCUUCUCCGGGAAACCAAGCUUUUUGUUGGGCUUGGAUUCCCUUAUGAAGGUCCAGCUCCCCUGGAAGCCAUCGCGAAUGGAUGUGCUUUCCUGAACCCCAAGUUCAACCCUCCUAAAAGCAGCAAAAACACAGACUUCUUCAUUGGCAAGCCAACACUGAGAGAGCUCACAUCCCAGCACCCGUACGCAGAAGUCUUCAUCGGCCGGCCACACGUCUGGACCGUGGACCUCAAUAACCGAGAGGAAGUAGAAGACGCAGUAAAAGCCAUCUUAAACCAGAAGAUUGAGCCGUAUAUGCCAUAUGAGUUCACAUGUGAAGGCAUGCUGCAGAGAAUCAACGCUUUCAUCGAGAAACAGGACUUCUGCCACGGCCAAGUGAUGUGGCCGCCCCUUAGCGCCCUGCAGGUGAAGCUGGCUGAGCCCGGGCAGUCCUGCAAACAGGUGUGCCAGGAGAGCCAGCUCAUCUGCGAGCCGUCCUUCUUCCAGCACCUCAACAAGGAAAAGGACCUGCUGAAGUAUAAGGUAAUCUGCCAAAGCUCAGAACUAUACAAGGACAUCCUGGUGCCCUCCUUCUACCCCAAGAGCAAGCACUGUGUGUUCCAAGGGGAUCUCCUGCUCUUCAGUUGUGCCGGGGCCCACCCCACACACCAGCGGAUCUGCCCCUGCCGGGACUUCAUCAAGGGCCAAGUGGCCCUCUGCAAAGACUGCCUAUAGCAUAGCCACCCUGGAUUCAUUCAGAUGGGAAAGACGUGGCUCCGCUGGGCAGGGCCGAGGGGCUGAAAGACAGUCAGGGACUCUGACCAGAGCCUGAAAUCUUUGGUCCAGGGCUUGGAUUUAGUACUGCCCCAGCCUCAGCCAGUGCAUCCCAGUUUACACCAAAACCACAAGAGAACAGAGGUUAGAGCAGAGGUUCUCCCUGGUGUAAUGAAUGCCCUCUGUCUCCAGGAAAAUCCACUGUAGGGAAGUGGUCCAGGCGGCUGCUCCCGGGACUUUUUUUUUUUUUUUUUUAAAGGGAUAAAAUCUGGAGACUCAUUCAGCUGAAAACAAAAGCAGGAAGAGGAAUUGAGCCAAUUGGGAAGGACUUUAGGGACAAUUCCAAACCAAUUAAUUUAUUUAUUUGGGAGAAUGGGGGCGGGCUCGGGAGGGAGGAAAGGGGUUGAACACAGUUUCCUUUUGUUCCUCACCGUUAACCACCCACCUUCAGGACCUUCUUGUUCUGCAGCAUCAAGCAGGAUGGCAAGCUUAAGGCAGCUGUGGGAGCUUGACUCCUGGUGACAGGUGACAGCAGAGAAAAAAGACGUAGCUCGGUUUGUAGAUUGCUGGCAUAGCAUACAUGGGGUCCUGGGUUCCAUUCCCAGUACCACAUAAAACAUAAGAAGCAGAGGCAGGAGGACCAAACAUUCUCCUUGGCUACAUAACAAGGCCAAGGCCUUUGUCCCCGCAUCUAGGCUGCAAGAGACCCUGUCUCAGAAAAUGGGGGUAAAAUGGCCUUGAAAACACAGCCAGCCACUGUCAAAGCAUCUUCAGAACCGAUGGAUCCCGUGCUUGCUUGGCAGAUGGCAGCUAAAAGGCAGAUAACCUUAGUGGGGAAAUGCCUGUGGUGUCCUGAGGGGCCCACCAAGUUCCAAAGACAGAUUGGGCUGCAGAUGAGAGAGGCUGCUUUCCUGUGUGACCUCCCCCAAUCCCCAGCCCCCGCCCCCCAUAGCUUGGUCCCAAUUUCUGGUUAGAAUUCACCUUUGUUGAAGAAACACAGGAUUAUGUAAUUCUUGUCUGCUGCUGUGGUAAGCUCACCCUCCCCCCACCCCCACCUCCAUCAAAGGCGCCAGGAGCGGUCUUUGAACUUGGAGAGGGCACCUCUAGCCUCAAAACAGCUAAGAGUUGGAUAAGAGUCAGCCCUAGAGUUAGUAACACGAGGCUUUGCGCUGUAUACCCCCUCCCCCCCGUGAUGUCUGAUAUUGCUGCAAUCCAGGGAAUUGACUCUGAACUUGAUGGUUUCUGGGGAGGUAAGGACAGUUCUGGUCCAAUGCUAGGUAUUAUCCUGGCCACACCCCCCAGUGGGUGUGGCUUACAAAGGGUGGAGCCUGGGGCUGGCUUUUACUUGAAACACUAUUGUUCUAUGGAGUUUGACCAGUCUGGCAGCAGGUUGGCCUGUCUAUAUGCUGGAAUCCCCACUUUUCACACCUUGGAGCCCUUUAGUCAGUCCAGCCCUGCUGAAGUACUGCUUCUGUGCUCUGUACACGUGUGAGUUUCUGGAGACACCUCCCACACUUCUCUCCAUGCUGGUGAAUGAACCAAUCCCUCUUCUUCCUCUUGCUGUUAGCGUUGUCCACCCAGCCCCAGCUGGUAGAGUAGACUUCCUAGCCGGCUGGUGCUGCCCAACACCUCCCUGUAGCCAAGUGGAGCCUCUGUCUAGCUGGACAGCAGAGCAAGGCCCAGGACUGGCUGAGCCCUCCAGAAGCAACAGAAAGGAGGGUCUGCUUGUGGUGACCAAGGAUUGGGGAGAUGGCGCUUGGAACUUUAAGGUCUGGAUAAACAUCUGCUCUCCUCUUGAUUUCUACCUGGGUACAUACAUCACACCGAUCACACCUCUAGGGUCUCCCCGACCACGCCCCUUUGACCCUAAGACAGACACCUCAAGGGCCUCAGAUUCUAGUCCUAGAGAAUGAAGUGGAGUCAAGAGGUGAUGCCAGGGCAGGUGCUGGCCCUAAACACUGACAGGGGUCCCUCAAGGCCUGGCUGGAAUCACCUUUACCCAGGUUGAGCCGCCAGGCAGGCUAUGAAGCAUCUUUUAUUAAGGUUUAUAAAGAUUUCCUGCAGCAGGAUGGGAGAAAGCUGGAUAGACUCUUCCCUUAAAGCGGGCCCCUGGGCUGCACCCCGUAGUUAUGGGAAUCUCCCUGAGUUUCCAGGGAGAUUGAAAAUCAGGCUCUUUGGGACCCCUAAAGACUGUGGGUGACAGUGCUGGCAUUCAACCAGCAGGGGGCGCCCCAGCUGAAAAUGACACCCACCCCCACCCCCCCCACCCCCGCUGCUGAUAACUGUAAACAGGCAGGAAGGCCACUUUCUCUUCACCUGCCGAAGCUUCCGGGCCCUGAGCUCAGGGUCCCUCCACAUUCCUUUUCCUCUUCUUCAGUUCAAGACCGCGAGUCACGCAACCCAGAAGAGGUCUUUCUCCCAUGUUAUAAAUUCCUCUCCGUUUUAGGCAGAAAUACAUAAGCUCACUUCCUCCGGUGGGUUCCUGCUCUUGGGACUAGCCAACCGUAGUCUAGUUAUUAAAAGCAUUAGCAAUAGGUGAGAUGUCCCUGAAUGUAUACCAGCUCCCAGGCCUCCUCAGAGCAAGCAAGAUAUGGACGGGUGAGUGGCCAUCAAGGGGAAACUGACCUGACCCGUGCAUGGGCAUUCCGUCCGCCUGUCGGUGCGGAGGCCAGCAAAGAAUCACUGCCCUGGCUGGGAGCCACAGCACUUACAGAGCACUGGCCAUCUUGUAGGAGCCAAGGGCUGUUUGCGAUCGAACCUUCCACCAGGAGAGGAGUCUGAAAUCAAGACUCCUGUGUCCUGCACAGUAAUCACAGAUCGUCUGAUCUUUAGAGUUAUUGUCCCCUUUGUGAUGCUAGGCUCUUAAAAUGGAGCGGGGGGGGGGGGCUUUAUCUAAUUUAUUAAGAGAGAGAAUACAUCGCUUCAGAAGGUGAAAGCUUUUUGAAGGGGCCAUCCUGAGAGGGGCCACCCAUGCCUUGUUGGAUCCCAGUCCACGCCCCCUGCAUUUCUGUGUGUGUUCUUGUAUACCGGCUUAUUUUGUCUCCGAGAUGAGUCUUUCGUUUUAGGUUGAGUGUUUGGGAAUACCUGUCUGUCCUUUUGCUGGCACGUGUCUUUGCAUCUCUCUUCGGGGCUGGAGUCUGACGGCUGGGUGCUGUCGAAGGCUGACAGCCGGCUGUUCCAGCCUGGAAUGACUACAUUUGCCCACAGUGUGUGUGCACACACACGGUUAUUUAUACUCCCAGUGGAUGGGGACACACAAGACUGUAUAUAUAGUGUGUAUACAUGUAUACAUGUGCGUUUUGUGUAUGUUCCUAGUGUGUGGUGUGUGCACAUGCACCCCCCAGAAUAGGGCUGAGGGUGCCAAAAAUCCUUUAGCACCCUCAGGACCAGACCCUAUCUCUGAAUCUGAUGUCGACCAAGGUAGUGAAGGGCCUCAUGACCCAUCACCCUGGCCCUAGCUGACAUGUUGCUGAGGCAGAAAAACAGCCCUCAAGCCAUCUGUGUAGAAGAAGGAGCCCCCAGAUACUUCAGCUAGCGAGCACGGUGGAGUCCAGAUGUCUUGCUUUUCCCCGUCCUUAGGGAAUGAAUGUGGAUGUGGAAUGAGGUUAUCUAUUAGUAAGUUGGGUUGCACUGAAACUCUGUGUUGUUUAUGGAUGAGUGUGUGUUCUUUAGCUCAGACCAGGGUGGUUUACCUAGAUGGUAUGUAAUUAGGCACCACCACCCUCUCCCAAAAUUCUUGACUGGAAAGGAAAGACCAAGUAUUUUGUUAACGGCAGGCUGUGCUGUAUGUGUCGUGACUCCGAGCCUGAACUAUUUUAUUUAUUUAAGACUAUUUUAAUUUCUCUUUCCUCUUCUCCCCCUCUGCGUGGCUGCAGAGUGUCUCCGUUAGAGUAGACGGAUGGCAGGAAUAGAUUUGUAGUCCCUUCAGGAAGUUAGCAGCCUGGAGCUGGGCGUGGGUUCCCCUCAUCCUCGUUGCCUUCAACAGAAAGUGAAAAGUUUUUCGUUUUGGGUUUUGUUUUUUUACAUAUAGCAAAAGACCAAAUUAGCUGUAUAGUCUUGGAUACAGACAAUAAGAAUUACUCUAGCUCUCCUAGCACAUAGGGCCCCGUGGGGAUUCCAUGUUUAGCACAGUGCCUGGCUCAUAGUAAGCCUGGUGAAUGUUCAAUAUUGAUAUUAGUAGUAUAUCAUAAAACUUGAGAGAUAAAGAGCUGCGCUCACCCCCACCCCCGUUGAUCCCGUUGAUUCAGACAUGAUGGUUACAUAAAAAUCUCAUUGAGUCGAUCAGAUGCUAUAGUAAUUAACUGUUUCAAAUGUUUAAGCUCUGUGCCUACCCUGCUCGAUGGAAUUCUAGUGUUUUCUCCAAUGCACUGAGUAAUUGGAAAAUGUGUCAGUCUUCAGCACUCCAUGAAACAAGGCUGAGUUUAUUACCUUGAACCACCAAUAUGUUCUGGAACAUUCCAGGGGUUUCUUUGAGGAACUUUUCAAGCUCAAAAUUAAAAGUUCUCUCACAAGUUGCA